UGUUGCUAACCCUUGAGCUCUGAAAAUGCCUGGUUUUCAAAACGCUAACAUAUCUGAUCUAGCUCCCCCGGCUCGAGAAAAAACGUUUGAUGACACGAUUGCAGUAAAAAUUCCCGAAGAUGAAAAGAAUACAUGGUUCUCCUGGCGUAAGCUUUGGGCAUUUACUGGCCCUGGAUUUCUAAUGAGCAUUGCGUAUUUGGAUCCAGGAAACAUUGAAAGUGAUCUCCAGGCUGGAGCUCAAGCUGAAUACAAACUUCUCUGGGUUUUAUUGGUGUCUCAUAUUGUUGGAAUGCUUCUUCAACGAAUGUCCGCAAGACUAGGCGUUGUCAGUGGGAAACACAUGGCUGAAAUUGCUUAUGAUUACUAUCCGUUGGUUCCCCGAAUCAUUCUUUGGCUCAUGAUUGAGAUUGCGAUUGUAUGCAGUGAUAUGCAAGAGGUUAUCGGAACGGCAAUAGCCAUUUAUUUAUUGUCCAGUGGCAAAAUUCCUUUAUUAGUCGGCGUUCUAAUUACUAUCUUGGAUACUUUCACUUUUCUGUUCAUUGAUAGAUAUGGCAUCCGAAAACUGGAGUUUAUAUUUGUUGCUCUAAUUUCUACAAUGGCAAUUUCUUUUGGUUACGAAUUUGUUGUGAUGAAGCCAGUGUUGACUAAAGUUCUUACUGGUACUGUUGUCCCCUGGUGUAGUGGAUGUGGAAAGGAAGAAAUUAUAACGGCUAUUUCCAUUUUUGGAGCCGUGAUAAUGCCACAUAAUUUUUAUUUGCAUUCAGCUUUGGUUAAGUCACGAAAAGUCGACCGCUCAAGCAAAACUCGCAUUGCCGAAGCGAACAAAUAUUUUUCCAUUGAAUCGGCGUUUGCAUUGUCCGUCAGUUUUUUUAUAAAUCUGUUUGUUCUCUCCGUAUUUGCACGUGGACUUUAUCAAAAGACCAAUGGUGACGUUAAUUCAAUGUGUCUGUCUCACAAUGAUAUUCCCGAUUCGAACGUCUUUCCAAACAAUACAUCAUCUGUAACAGUGGAUUUGUUUCAAGGUGGGAUAUACCUGGGAUGUCAGUUUGGACUAUUUGCAAUGAUAAUUUGGGCGAUUGGCAUAUUCGCAGCAGGACAAUCAUCAACAAUGACAGGAACAUAUACAGGACAGUUUGUGAUGGAAGGAUUUGUGAGAAUCUCGUGGCCGAAAUGGAAACGUGUACUGAUAACCAGAGCGGUUGCAAUCACUCCAACGUUGAUCCUCUGCAUAAAAGCCCACGGCAUCAAAAAUUUGACAGGUAUGAAUGACUUUCUAAACUGUGUUCAAAUGGUACAGCUACCGUUUGCAUUGAUUCCGAUGAUUACAUUUACUUCCAGUAAGCGGAUUAUGCACAAUUUUCGAACUUCCAAACCUCUACAAUACUUUUCUAUUAUCUGUGGAAUUAUUACAAUCGGGAUCAACGUGUACUUCAUUUUCCAGUAUGUGACUGAAAAUUUCGGCACUGGUUGGCUGAUUUUUGUUAUUAUUGGGCCAUUUACUUUGUUAUACAUUGCUUUUAUCCUUUAUCUGGCUAUCUACUGUUUGGUUGCUUGCGAACUUAUGAACGACACUGUGAACCUUCCGGGAUUUGAUUUUCAUAGAACACUGGAACUGGAUGCUCCGUGGAUCACAGAAACCUUUGUUGUGAACGAUGUAUACUUUUAAUUAUUAAAUUUGCUUUAUGAUCACAUUCAAAAAUACAUUAUUUUCCAAUAGCACACAAUCCACAACUCUUCUUACAAUUGGCAGCCAUGUAUUGAUCAUGUCCCGGAUUUUUGCACAAGUCUUUGAGAGCCCAUGCUCCGCAAUAAACAUUUUUGUCAUCGCA